GACUAGUUAUUAUCACUUGGAUAACAACUAAUCUCUUUAUACUCUUUUUUUUUUUUAAUAUAUAUAUAUAUUUAUCUUUUCUCUUUUGUUUUGAAAGUACAUAUAAUUCUAUAGUUUAGUUUGUAUAUACACUUCCUAUACGCAUAGUUUAGUCAUUUUUCUUUUUAUAGUCUUUCCUCUUAAUUAUACACGCUUUUCCCUCAAACUUUAUUCUUAAUGGCGACAACUGAAGGACGUAAAACAGGACGAGUCAAGUUUUUCAACUCGAUGAAAGGUUAUGGUUUUAUCAUUCCAGACGAUCAAAUGGGUCAAAACGACGUAGAAGUUUUUGUGCAUCAUACUGCUAUACAGAAUGCUGGUGGAUUUAAAAGUUUAAACGAAGGUGAAGAGGUGGAAUACGACUUGGUUCAAGGUGGUAAAGGGAUGCAAGCAGCAAUGGUAACUGCAAUUGGUGGUGGUCCAGUUAAAGGUGAUGCUCGAGCUAAUCAACGAACUCAAUAUCAAAAUAAUGGAGGAGGUUAUGGUGGAGGACGUAAUCAAUAUAAUUCAGGUUAUGCUUUUAAUCCUUAUCCAGAUUAUCGUUAUCCAAUGCCUUAUGUCGGCGGUGCUGGAGCAGCUGGUGGCAAUCAAGGACCUCUUCAAGGAUUUCAAUAUGGGCAACCAAUGGGUAUGUAUGGUGGAGGACAACAACCAUUUGGAUAUCAACAACCUACUUUUGGAUUACCUUCACAACAUCAGCCACUUCAACAACAUCAACAACCACAUGCUUAUGGAUCACCUCGACCUGAUUCUCCUGACCAUCAUCAUCAUCAUCAUCAUCAAGGUCAUUGAUUUGAUAUCUAUAUGAUUCUAUUUUAGAUUAGAGUAUCCUUUCCUCCAAUUCAUUUUAUUUACUCUCUUCUACAAUAGUUUAUUAUAAAUAUUUCAAGAAAAAACAUCAGUCUUCUAAUAAAGUUAUUCUCUUUUUUUUUAUU